CCAAAAGAGACAGACAAGGGAGAGACAAGGGGAGACAGGCAGAGGCAGAAUCAGUCGUGUGUAUACGGGUGCAUAUGUCAGUCAGUCUGUCAAUCAGUCAGUCAGUACUAAGUGUCUGUCUGUGUGUGUGGAAGGGCCGGCCCCUGUGUGUCACGUCGCGUCAUGCCUCAUGCGGUGUGGUCGGCCUGUCUCGUGGCGUUGUGUGCGUGUGCCGCGCCCGUCGUUCCCGUGCCGCCCUUCCUGAAAAGCGACGGGAUGUAGGGCUGCAGUGAUCGGGGCUGUACAAGAGUGGGCAGCAGCCCUGCUAACCGCUUGCUGCCACUGGUGGUACCAGUGACGGCGCCACAGGACACAGAGACAGCAGCAGCGGAUGGCAGUGGCGCGCGAGAAAGACCGUGACCGUCGUCAGCUCCCCCCUUCGCCGCCACGCGCCUCGCCGCCCUCUCCCUCUCCCUGGCCCCCUCCCUCUCCCGCUGCCGCUCAUCUGCUGCUGCACUCUCCUUGCUGUGCUGCUCCCACACCGAGUUGAGCGAACACGGCUCCGCAGUGGGCGUGUCGGGGGCACGCAUGAGUGCUGCGUCAUGAAGUGGUGGCGGGCGGUGGUACGGCGUGCUGUGUGUGCGCGGUAGGGCCUCCCUCUCGCUCGCCGGAUGGUGGUGCUGCUGCUUGAAACUUUCGUCGGAUUCGAGAGCGGGCGAUGCCGUCAUGGGCGAUGGAUGGCACGUGGACGGGGGCGUGCGGCAGCCCCCGCCCACGGAUGAAGAGCUGCUCGAUGGCGCGUGGGUCUCGGUGUCGUGCUCCUCCUCGAUGGGCUCGAUUGACGGCUCCAGUCGCAGCGGGUGUGGGUGUGUCAGCGGGUGUGGGCGGUGUGUGGGGGGCGGGGGAGGCGGCAUGGCCGGUGGGGGUGGCGGGACGGGGGGAGGGGGCACGGUGGGCGGCAGGGGCGGGGGAGGGGUCUCAUUGCUGUACCCGUGGGCUAUCAGAUUGGGCCUGCACACAAACACACACACACACACACACAGAUAGACAUGUGUGUGUCUGUGUCGUGUCAGUGUUUGGUUUGGUGGUGGUGCGGGGGGCGUACCUGGCGGAUCCCCUCAUACGUCGUUUUGAUUUGCUGUCUUUGCGCCUGGGGUGGUACAGGUGGCAGAAUGGGCAGUUGGCGCCGUUGCGGCACCCCUUGGUCCAAUAAAAGACGCAGGGCUGGCAGCAACCCAACUCGUGAUACGCACUCCCUGACACGAGCGACACACAGCAUAUCAAUCACACCAUAAGUGUGGGCAUGCCCUGAAACUCCCCUUGUCAGUCAGGUCACAUAGCAUAGCAUACAUACCAGGGUUGACGACUCGCAGCUCGUCAUAGUCUGGGCACUCGAACCUGCCGAUGUCGUCCUCGAGCUCCUCCAGCCACAUGGAUGUGACGAUGGCGUCCGAGUCGCUGCCGCUGUACCCCCGCAGCCGCAUCUCCCGCCGCCUGCUCCUGCCGCCCCACGGCCAGCUGUCGCGAUCGUGGCCCCGGGACGACCGUGACCGACGGGUAAUGAGGGAGGGGAGGUCGGAGAGGGUGAAGGGGAGAGGGGGGAGGGACGACGCCGUCCAGCUGCGCUCGCUGGACGCUAUCUCUGACACAGACACUGACACAGACAUUGACACAGGCAGGGGAAUGUGCAACGAAUGGCGAUUGAUUGUCGCAGUGGAGGGACGUCCGUACACGUCCGUACGUACCGUCGUCAUGUGAAUGGUUUGAUCUGUGAUGAUUGUGGUUCUCGUCGUCGCCCACGCCCAAUCCCUCAGAUGAGGUAGACGCGGCCGUCUCGGCGUCGGCCAGCGAUGGCGGCAUCGAGCCGCGCCUGCUGCCCCCUCCGCCCUUGCCACGCACCGCCAGUACGGUCAUGAGAUCCUCGCUCCUCAUCCUGUAUAGGCCCCUCUGCCGCACGCACUGCUUGCGGGGGAGGGUGCUGGUGCUGGUGAAUGGGGGAGGGGAGCUGAGGGGUGCGACGGAGUAGAAGAGGGUGCGUACAAUGCGCGGAAAGUGGGAGUCGUCCCGGACGAGGCCGUUGCGCGUGGCGGGGAGGGAGCGGCUGCGCUUCCUGGCGGCAUUGGGCUUGGGGUCUCUGAAGUGGAUGAAGCCGUGCCGGAUGCCGCCCUUGAGCCAGCUGGUCUCGGCGUCGAUGACGCGCGCCUCGUCGGCGGUCAGGAAAUACAUGACAACAGAUCUCGGCCUGCUGCUGGUGCCGUCACGCUCCGCAACAUGCCAUCAUCGCCUGAGUGAGUCAAGUCUGGGUCUGCG